CAGGAUGACCAAGUUGUUUGGCCCAGAGAUUCACUCUUCCGAUAUUUUGAGUUGCUUGAACAGCUUCAGUAUAACCUAGAGGAGCGCAAGAAGUUGCAAGACUUUGCAGAACCAGUGCACACCUGGAAAUAUGGCUCUGAGCCGCUGGCCUCUGCUGCUCCUGCUUCUGCUGUCCUGUGAAGUGACUUUGAUCCCUACUGGGCCUCAGUCCCUGGAUCCUGGUCUUUCCCUCCUGAAGUCAUUGCUCUUCACUCUGGACAAAUCUCCCCAGAGUUCCCUUAGCCACUCACGGUUCUCGGCAUUCCUGGCCAACAUUUCUUCUUCCUUUGAACUUGGGAGAAUGGGGGAGGGGCCAGUGGGAGAGCCCCCACCUCUUCAGCCCCCGGCCCUCCGGCUCCAUGAUUUCCUAGUGACACUGAGAGGCAGCCCGGACUGGGAGCCAAUGCUAGGGCUGCUGGGGGAUGUGCUGGCACUGCUGGGACAGGAGCAAACUCCCCGGGACUUCUUGAUGCACCAGGCUGGUGUGCUGGGUGGACUUGUAGAGGUGCUGCUGGGAGCCUUAGUUCCAGGGGGACCCCCUACCCCUACACGGCCCCCAUGUACCCGUGAUGGGCCCUCUGACUGUGUCCUGGCUGCUGACUGGUUGCCUUCUUUGCUGCUGUUGUUAGAGGGCACACGCUGGCAGGCCCUGCUGCAGGUGCAGCCCAGUAUGGACCCCACCAAUGCUACAGGUCUCAAUGGGAGGGAGCCAGCCCCUCAUUUUUUGCAGGGUCUGUUGGGCUUGCUUACCCCAAUAGGGGAGCUUAGCUCUGAGGAAGCUCUUUGGGGAGGUCUGCUACGCACAGUGGGGCCCCCCCUCUAUGCUGCCUUCCAGGAGGGGUUGCUCCGUGUCACUCACUCCCUGCAGGAUGAGGUCUUUUCCAUUCUGGGCCAGCCAGAGCCUGAUGACAAUGGACAGUGCCAGGGAGGUAACCUUCAACAGCUGCUGCUAUGGGGUAUCCGGCACAACCUUUCCUGGGAUGUCCAGGCGCUGGGCUUUCUGUCUGGAUCACCACCCCCACCCCCUGCCCUCCUGCACUGCCUAAGCUCGGGUGUGCUUCUGCCUAGGGCUUCCCAGCCCUUAGCCCACAUCAUUCCUCGCCAACGACGAGCCAUCUCUUUGGAGGCCCUCUGUGAGAAUCACUCAGGCCCAGCUCCGCCCUACAGCAUUUCCAACUUUUCCAUCCACUUGCUCUGCCAGCAUGCCAGGCCUGUGACCCCACAGCCCCCUCCAAGCACCGGUGCCAUCUGCCAGACAGCUGUGUGGUAUGCAGUCUCAUGGGCACCGGGUGCCCAAAGCUGGCUACAAGCCUGCCAUGACCAGUUUCCUGAGCAGUUUCUGGAUGCAAUCUGUAGCAACCUCUCCUUUUCAGCUCUGUCCGGCCCCAACCGCCGCCUGGUAAAGAGGCUCUGUGCUGGUCUGCUCCCACCCCCUACUAGCUGUCCUGAAGGCCUUGUCCCUGUGCCCCUCACCCCAGAGAUCUUCUGGGGGUGCUUCUUGGAGAAUGAGACUCUUUGGGCUGAGCGGAUGUGUGUGGAAGCGAGUCUGCAGGCUGUACCCCCCAGAAACCAGGCUUGGGUUCAGCAUGUGUGCCAGGGCCCUACCCCGGAUUCCACUGCCUUCCCACCCUGCCACAUUGGACCCUGUGGGGAACGCUGUCCAGAUGGGGGCAGCUUUUUACUGAUGGUCUGUGCCAAUGACACCAUGUAUGAGGCCCUGGUGCCCUUCUGGGCUUGGCUAGCAGGCCAGUGCCGGAUAAGUCGUGGGGGCAAUGACACUUGCUUUCUAGAAGGGCUGCUGGGCCCCCUUCUACCUUCUCUGCCACCUCUGGGACCAUCCCCACUUUGCCUGGCCCCUGGCCCCUUCCUGCUUGCCAUGCUAUCCCAGUUGCCACGCUGUCAGUCCUCUGUACCAGCUCUUGCCCACCCCACACGCCUACACUAUCUCCUGCGCUUGCUGACCUUCCUUAUGGGUCCAGGAGCUGGAGGGGCUGAGACCCAGGGGAUGCUGGGUCAGGCCCUGCUGCUCUCCAGUCUCUCAGACAACUGCUCCUUCUGGGAUGCCUUCCGCCCAGAGGGCCGACGCAGUGUGUUGCGGACAGUUGGGGAGUACCUGGAGCAGGAACAGUCAACGCCAUCAAGCUUUGAACCCACUAUCAACCUUGGCUCUGGUAUAAGCAAGAUGGAGCUGCUGUCCUGCUUCAGUCCUAUACUAUGGGAUCUGCUCCAGAGGGAGAAGAGUGUUUGGGCUCUGAAGAUUCUAGUGCAGGCAUACCUGCACAUGCCCCCAGAAAAUCUCCAGCAGGUCGUGCUUUCUGCAGAGAUGGAGGCUGCACAGGGCUUCCUGACACUCAUGCAUCGUUCCUGGGCCCAACUGCAGGUACCACCAUCGGAGGAGCAGGCCAUGGGUCGCCUGACAGCCCUGCUGCUCCAGCGGUACCCACGUCUUACCUCCCAGCUCUUCAUUGACCUGUCGCCACUCAUCCCCUUCUUAGCAGUCUCUGAUCUGAUGCGCUUCCCACCAUCCCUGUUGGCCAAUGAGAGUGUCCUGGCUGCCAUCAGGGACCACAGCUCAGGAAUGAGGCCUGAACAGAAGGAGGCCUUGGCAAAGCGACUGUGCCCUGAGCUGUUUGGAGAAGUUCCUGCCUGGCCCCAGGAACUUCUGUGGGCAGUGCUACCCCUGCUCCCUCACCUCCCUCUGGAGAACUUUCUACAGCUCAGCCCUCAUCAGAUCCAGGCCCUGGAAGAUAGCUGGCCAGGAGCAGGUCUUGGUCCAGGGCAUGCCCGACAUGUGUUGCGAAGCCUGGUGAACCAGACUGUCGAGGAUGGCAAGGAGCAAGUGCGCAGGCUUGGGUCCCUUGCCUGUUUCCUGAGUCCUGAGGAACUGCAGAGUCUGGUGCCUUUGAGUGAUCCAAUGGGGCCAGUAGAACGUGGACUGCUGGAAUGUGCAGCCAACGGGACCCUCAGACCGGAAGGACGGGUGGCAUAUGAACUUCUGGGGGUAUUGCGCUCGUCUGGAGGAGGAGAUGCGCUAAGCCCUCGGGAGUUGCGGGUCUGGGCCCCUCUUUUCUCUCAGUUGGGCCUCCGCUUCCUGCAGGAGCUGUCAGAGCCCCAGCUUAGAGCCAUGCUUCCUGCUCUACAGGGGACCAGUGUCACACCUGCCCAGGCUGUCCUGCUGCUUGGACGGCUCCUCCCUAGGCAAGAUUUGUCCCUGGAGGAACUCUGCUUCUUGCACCCUCUGCUGCCAGGUCUUAACCUCCAGACCCUCCAGGCCAUCCCUAGGCGAGUUCUGGUUGGGGCCUGUUCCUGCCUGGCUCCUGAACUGUCGCGUCUCUCAGCCUGCCAGACUGCAGCACUGCUGCAGACCUUUCGGGUGAAAAACGGUGUUAAAAAUAUGGGUCCGACAGGUGCUGGUGCAGCUGUGUGUAUCCCUGGUCAGCCCAUCCCCACCACUUGGCCAGACUGCCUGCUUCCCCUGCUCCCAUUAAAGCUGCUACAACUGGACGCUGUGGCUCUUCUGGCAAACCGAAGGCGUUAUCGGGAGCUGCCCUGGUCUGAACAGCAGGCACAGUUUCUCUGGAAGAAGAUGCAGGUGCCCACCAACCUUACCCUCAGGAAUCUGCAGGCUCUGGGCAACCUGGCAGGGGGCAUGUCCUGUGAGUUUCUGCAACAGAUCAACUCAAUGGUAGACUUCCUUGAUGUGGUACACAUGCUGUAUCAACUGCCCACUGGGGUUCGAGGGAGCCUGAGAACCUGUAUCUGGGCAGAACUACAGCGUAGAAUGACAAUGCCGGAGCCAGAGUUGACCACUUUGGAGCCAGAACUGAGUAGUCUUGACACCAAGCUACUCCUGGAAUUACCGAUCCAGAUGAUGGACAGAUUGUCCACUGAAUCUAUUAUGUUGGUGGUGGAGCUGGUACAAGGUGCUCCAGAGCAGCUGCUGGCACUGACCCCACUCCACCAGGUUGCCCUAGCAGAGAAGGCACUACAAAACCUGGCUCCAAAGGAGACCCCAAUCUCAGAGGAAGUGCUGGUGAAAUUGGGCCCCUUGGUCGGAUUCCUGGGGAUAGAGAGCACACAACGGAUCCCCCUAUCGAUCCUGCUGUCCCAUCUCAAUCAGCUACAGGGCUUCUGCUUAGGAGAGACAUUUGCCACAGAGCUGGGACGGCUGCUGUUGCAGGAGCCUGUUCUUGGGAAACCAGAGUUGUGGAGCCAGGAUGAAGUAGAGCAAGUUGGACGCCUAGUAUUCACUCUGUCUAUGGAGGCUAUUUCCUUGAUCCCCAGGGAGGCUUUGGGCCCAGAGACCCUGGAGCGGCUUCUAGAAAAGCAGCAGAGCUGGGAGCAGAGCAGAGUUGGACAGCUGUGUGGGGGACCACAGCUCACACCCAAGAAAGCAGCUCUGGUAGCUGGGAUUGUGCAGCCAGCUGCAGAGGAUCUUCCAGAGCUAAUACCGAAUUGUGCAGACAUACGGGGGACCUUUCCAGCAGCUUGGUCUGCAAUGCAGAUUGCAGAAAUGGAACUAUCAGACUUUGAGGAUUGCCUGGCACUAUUUGCAGGAGAUCCAGGACUUGGGCCUGAGGAAUUACGAGCAGCCAUGGGCAAGGCAAAGCAGUUGUGGGGCCCUCCCCGAGAAUUCCGUCCUGAGCAGAUCCUACAGCUGGGGCGGCUCUUAAUAGGUCUAGGAGAGAGGGAGCUACAGGAACUGAUCCUGGUGGAUUGGGGAGUGCUGAGCACCCUGGGACAGAUAGAUGGCUGGAGUUCUGUCCAGCUCCGGGUUGUGGUCUCCAGUUUUCUACGGCAGAGUGGUCAGCAUGUGAGCCACCUGGACUUCAUUCACCUGACAGCACUGGGUUACACACUCUGUGGACUACGGCCAGAGGAGCUACAACAUAUCAACAGUUGGGAGUUUAGCCAAGCAGCUCUCUUCCUGGGUAACCUGCAUCUUCCAUGCUCCGAGGAACAGUUGGAGGUUCUGGCCCACCUCCUUGUGCUGCCCGGUGGCUUUGGCCCAGUCAGUAACUGGGGGCCUGAGAUCUUCACUGAAAUCGGCACAAUAGCAGCUGGCAUCCCAGACCUGGCUCUUUCAGCACUACUGCAGGGACAGAUUCAGGGCCUGACCCCUCUUGCCAUUUCUGCCAUCCCUGCUCCUAAAUUUGCCGUGGUCUUCAAUCCUACCCAGCUAUCUAGUCUCACCAGUGUUCAGGCUGUGGCUGUCACUCCUGAGCAAAUGGCCCUUCUGAGUCCUGAGCAGCGACGAGCAGUUGCAUGGGCCCAGUAUGAGGGAAAAGAGAGCCCAGAACAGCAGGGUCGAAGCUCAGCGUGGGGCCUCCAGGACUGGUCAGAAUCCCCCUGGGCCCUGGCAUUACUCAUCAGCUUUGUUAACCAGCUGCUAUGAUCCUGUCUUUUCAGCUGA